GUUAAUUAAUGCCACUGACUGGAAAGCAAGCUGCGGUCCUCAGGGAACUCUGCACAAUCAUUUAAACUCCUGGCUUGAGUGGUUAGGAGGCUCCUGCUGUGAUACAGAUGUUAGCUGUCUUCCAUGGCUCCCAGGGUAGGUGCGGAGGCCUCACUCAGAUCUGAGCUCCGUUGGGGGAUUGAAUGUCAUGUUGCCCACCCAACACUAGUUCUGACACUCUUGGUCAGCAUGCUGGUGACUUGGCUUGAGGCUGCUAAACUCACCGUGGGCUUCCAGGCCCCCUGGAACAUCUCUCACUCAUUCAGCAUGCAAAAGCUGGGUGCGGGCCUCCAGAUUGCCAUGGACAAGAUCAACUCAGAGACAGCAGAUUUUGGAAACUUCAGCUGGGAGUUCACUUAUACCAACUCAACCUGCAGCACCACAGAGUCUCUUGUUUUCACCAACCAGGUCCAGAGAGAAUGGAUUCCUGCCCUGUUCGGACCAGCAUGCCCAGAAGCAGCAGAGGUUAUUGGCUUGUUGGCCUCAGAGUGGAACAUCCCUGUGUUGGACUUUGUUGGACAAACUGCAAAACUGGAGGACAACUUAUACGACACGUAUGUGAAACUUGUGUCGCCCAUGCACAAAAUUGGUGAUGUGCUCCAGAAAAGUCUCCGGUACUUGGGCUGGAAACACAUUGGGAUGUUUGGAGGUCACUCUGGGACUUCCUCCUGGGACAGAGUGGAUGAAUUAUGGAAGGUUGUAGAGAACGGACUCAAAUCCCAUUUCACCAUCGCUGCCAGUGUGAAAUACAUCAACAGCCAUCCAGCCUUCCUUCGAGAGAACCUUAGAAGCGUGUCAUUGAUUGUCAGAAUCAUCAUCUUAAUCGGCAGCUCAGAGGAUGCAAAAAUUAUGCUGCUGGCUGCAGAGAACCUGGGACUCAACACAGGAGAAUUUGUCUUCAUUGUUUUGCAGCAGUUGGAGGACAGUUUUUGGAAGGAGGUAUUGACAAAUCAGAAGGCAAUGCACUCCUCCACGGUCUAUGAGUCAGUGUUUCUCAUAGCCUUUGGCUCCUAUGGAGAAGGCCCUGGAGGUGAAGACUUCCAAAAACAAGUCUACCAAAGGCUGAGAGGACCACCCUUCCACAGCUCCAUAUUCACGGACAAGCAGGUGAGCCCUUACACUGCCCACCUUCGCGACGCGGUGCUGCUCUAUGCCCAGACAGUGAGGGAGCUGGCGGCGGCCGGGCGAGAUUUCCUAGACGGGCGGCAGCUGGUGGGCACCCUGAGAGACUCCCGUCGCGCUGCACUGCGGGGAAUCACUGGCCCCGUGUUUGUGGACUCCCAGGGAGAAAGGCACGUGGAUUACUCAAUCUAUGCUCUACAGAAAUCUAGAAACGGGUCCCGCUUUCUUCCUUUUCUUCCAUAUGACAGCGAUCAGAAAGUAAUCAGACCCGUGAGGAAUCUCUCCACUCUUCCUUGGCCCCAGGGCUCACUUCCUGAAGACAGACCCAGCUGUGGAUUUGACAAUGAGCUCUGUGGAAAGGCACCUGCUUCUACCGGUCAGUGCGGGCGCAUGACUGCUGUGAUCCUCGCUAUGACCCUCUUGAUUACUGUCUUGGGAGCUGUCAUCAUAGGUCUUUGGUUAAGGAUUCAGAGGGGAAAAUUGCAAAGGCGAAAGGAAGACAUUUGGUGGCAAAUCAAUUAUGACGACAUCACCAUUCUGCCCCCAAACAAGCCAUCCCAGAGAUGCACGCCCGUGUCGAGAGGAAGCAACAGUAACUCAUCUAGUGUGAUGAUUUCUGGGGAUGCCAGUUCCCUUGUCAAGAGCCAGCAGGUGGAAGAGGUCUUUUAUGCCCCUGUAGGGCCUUACCAGGGAAACCAUGUGGCCAUCUGCUACGUGGGUGACCAAGCAAAAGCCUCAGUCAGGAAGCCGUCUGUGCUGCAGGAAAUCUGACUGGUAUAUGAAGUAGGGCAUGAAAACAUUGUCCCCUUCUUUGGCAUUUGCACAGAACCACCCAAUGUCUGCAUUGUCACCCAGUAUUGCAAAAAAGGGAGUCUUACGGAUGUUUUGAGAAACUCAGAGAAUGAGAUGGAUUGGAUAUUCAAACUCUCGUUUGCAUAUGACAUUGUCAAGGGCAUGCUGUUCCUCCACAGGAGCCCCCUGGGGUCCCACGGCAACCUGAAGGCUUCCAACUGCCUGGUGGACAGUCAGAUGCAGGUGAAACUGACAGGCUUUGGGCUGUGGGAGUUCAAGUAUGGCCGGAUGUACAGAGCAUACAACGAGGAACCGACAGACCACUCAGAGCUCUACCGGACGGCCCCAGAGCUGCUGCGGCUUCCAGAGGCACCCCGGUCAGGCACCCCAAAGGGAGAUGUUUACAGCUUUGCCAUCCUGAUGACGGAGCUGAUCCACCACCAGAACCACGCAUUUGCUGACCUCAACGAGAUGCCAGACGAAAUCAUCAGCCAUAUCAAAGACCCCAUGGCCUCAGUUCCACUCCGAGCUUCCCUGUCAGAGGAGAAGGGCAAUGAAAAGAUCGUGGCCAUGGCGAGAGCAUGUUGGGAUGAAUCUCCAGAGAAAAGGCCCACUUUCUCUUCCAUCAAGAAAAUUUUACGAGAAUCCAGUUCCAAAGACCAUGUGAACAUCCUAGACAGUAUGGUGAGCAAGCUGGAGGUGUAUGCCAAUCACCUGGAGGACGUGGUGGAAGAGAGGACCAACCAGCUGAUGGCGGAGAAGAGGAAGGUGGAUAGGCUUCUGUCCACAAUGCUGCCAAGCUUCACUGGAGAACAGCUCAUAGCUGGAAGGUCCGUGGCACCAGAACAUUUUGAGUCUGUGAUAACCUUUUUCUCCGACAUUGUUGGAUUCACAAAACUGUGUUCUCUCAGCUCCCCCUUGCAAGUGGUAAAGCUGCUUAAUGACCUGUACAGCUUAUUUGAUCACAUCAUUAAAACAUAUGAUGUGUAUAAGGUUGAAACCAUUGGAGAUGCAUACAUGGGUGCUAGCGGACUUCCUAUCCGCAAUGGAAGACAGCAUGUGGACGAGAUUGCCACGAUGUCCUUACGUUUCCUCAGUGCCACUGUCCACUUCCAGAUUGGGCACAUGCCUGAGGAGAAGCUCAGGAUCAGGAAUGGCAUCCACACAGGUCCUGUAGUGGCUGGUGUGGUGGGAAUCACCAUGCCCAGGUACUGUCUGUUCGGAGACACUGUGAACAUGGCAUCCAGAAUGGAAAGCAGCAGUUUGCCUCUCCGGAUUCAUGUCUCUCAGAGCACUGCAUCCAGCCUGCUGGCAUUGGGAGGGUACGAUUUGCAAAAGAGAGGCACCAUCCCAGUCAAGGGCAAAGGAGAACAAACAACUUUCUGGUUGAAAGGCAAGGAAGGCUUUACUAUUCCACUCCCUCAAUUUAUGGAAGAGGAAGCUAAAGUCCCAGAGAUCUUCUGAGCUAUUUUCUUUAAAGAUGUUUAUGGGGUCCCAUGAAAGUCUGAGGACCAUUCUGUGAGAUGCAUUGAAUAUCCCAUUCAGGAGGUGUAGAUCUGGGGGAGCCAGUAGGGGGAGCCAUCUAGCUGGCCUCCCCUUCCUGCCCUAGAGUUCUGUGGCCUAGACCAAAUGAGGAGUUCGAAGAGCUGGAUAUAGUGAACUCAUUUUCUGGGCGACCAGGGCUGGGCUGUUGCUCCCAGACCUGCCAGUGAACUUAUCCUGGCUGCCAGAUAUUUCCGGCCUAUUAGCUUGUGAAUUUGCAGUGAACCCAAUUUCAUUCGGAGAGAGAGGAAAGCUAGAACAAAACCUAGGGCUGUUGGCCCCACCCUGUGCUGCCUUCCUUUGCAAGGGGCUGAUCUCUAACCCUUGGUUAUCAGAAGGCAUCUCAGGAAUGUUUGGGGGGGGGGGAUAAAGCUCUAGCUAAGGUGCGAACAACCACUGAAAUCCAACAGGAUCAGGCCAUUCCAGGUACGCCAGAUCUUGGCAGUCAGUCCCUGGAAAGCCUGGUCCUGAGCUCUGAUUUUCUGUGAGCACAGCAGCUUUCAAAUGGAAAUGUCCCAUUCUCAAUUUAUUGCUUAAUUUCUUUCCUAUCCAAA